AGAACAAAAUAAAAGCAUGUUCAGAGAUGGUUACCUCUCCUAGCCAACACUCCCUUAAAGAUGAUGGUGUUGCUAGGGUACUUGGUCCUGAACGUCGAGGACGGGUAAGAGGUCUUGGUUUCGGUGCGACUCCUUCAAAGUUGAGUGCUUUGGUGCACAAUCAUAACUUGCAAACUCAAGUCCAAGAGUUGAGAGAUGAAAUUAAAGAAUUAAAAGCUUUGUUUCAAAUGAAAAGUAAGAGUGUUGAACAAGAAGAUAAUCCUAGAGACGGAAGCUUGAAUGGUUCAAAUAACCUUCAAAAUAGGAAAUGCAAAUUGUUAUCUUGGUUUGGGAAAGCUGAUGUUGUUGCAAAAGUGAAAUCGCAAAAACAAAUCCAAGUGAUUUGGUGCAUUAUGUACCACUUGUUAAUGAAUGUUGGAGAGUUUGGGUUAAUGAAGCGAUUGAUAAUGUCAGCUUAUAUCAUCCUACACGUGAGCUUUUUCUUCUUGAAGAUGCAUUAGGAAGUACAAUAGCAUGGCCAAUUAGGUACAUUGAAGUGGAUUCAUUAUAAUCACAAUGAAGGUAU